CUGUUAUGGACGAGUGAAGCUGAGGCCACAGGAUGUGAAAUCACUCAGUGGAGUUUCCUGUGUUCCUCUCAGUAAAGGAACCUGCAUGCUUGUGUGUAUGGAGAAGGAGACAGAGUGGGCAGAAAGAGAGAGACAGACAGACAGAAACACAGCCAUGGCACUGCUGGUCUAGUUCUACUGCCAUAGCAGAAUCCAUCAUCACUUCCUGCAUCUCUGUCAGCUUCAGCUCUGCAUCUCCAGACAUCACUGUAGUGAGUUGUGUGAUGUUCAGAGAAAAGACCUCACCCCACUCCAGGACCUUCACUCAUCCAGGAUGAGGAAGAUGGCAGGGGGAAUCGUAGCUGACCCCAUAUACCUCGAUCCUUCUCUCUUUCCACACCUCCCAUCUCAGCAGGGCCCUAAAGACUCAACUACCACCUCCACUGGUUCUCUCCCCAGGUGGGAGCCCUCCUAAACAGCGACAACUCCCACAUCCCUCUGCUUUGACUAGGAGCACAUGGAUUGUAUAUUCAUUUAUAUAUGGUGCCUGUUUCCUAUAUUCUCUUACUCUGAUUUUAUUUUAUAUUUGACACCUGCAGAGAAAUUCCACGUCUAUCUGGUACUUGGUACAUUAUUCUCAUUAAAAAGUGUCUAGAAACAUUUGCAGUUAGUAAAAUGAGUGGAUUGGAAGAAUAAUGUGUCCUGGGGCAUUACUGCCCAAUGCUGUGUUUGUCGAAUAUUGAUAAGAUGUUAAUACACAGUGCAGGAUUGUGAUAACGACCCAGUUUGGAUCAGUUUCAACUCAAUAUUUUUAGAGUGCAUCUAGUGGAAGUGGCUUUGUCAGAAAUGCUAAACCAGUCACUAAGCCCCCUGGGUUUGAUGGGUGAAGUGCACGUUUUAAAAAUCAUCUUAUAUGUAGUAGCACUGUAAUGAAACACUUGAGAAAAAAUAUAUACAUUUUGUGCCACAUUUAUCUAUAGUCACAUCUCAUUUAAUGGGAAGAUUGCACUAUUAUCGAUUAAUUGAACAUUUCUAGCACUUAUUGUCAUUUCAUAUCAGUGGUGUACAUUUCAUUUCAACUUUGGGGUCCACCACUCAAUCGAACAAAUUAUAUGAGUAGUGUCAGCAGGAAUUAUUGGGGCGGCCAUGCCUAUGUUAGAUAUUGUAUUUGGGCUCAGUUUGCAUUUGUUUCUAGGUAUCAACAUUACUGGUAUCACUUUCUAGGUAUGACCAUUCUAAUGGCAUCUUGUAUCUAGCAGAAUCCUAAGUCAAUGGCUCACUUUGACUCUAACCUGUUGUACCGGAUAGUAUUCAUUCUAUGAGAAGAUGACAAAGCACUUUUGUUAGUCACUCUGCAUAAGAACGUCUUCUAAACGCCGAAAAUGUACAUUUAAUUAUACAUUUACGUUUACAUAUUAUUUACAUUUAUUAUUUUCCAUUUAUAUACUAUUUUUAUGUAUUUAUGUUUGCAUGUCCAAAUAACGUUUCCUCACGCCAACAGCGCCAUCUCCUGGGCUAACCGCCAAAUCACACGCUCCCACAAGGAACUAAAAACCCGUGAGAAACAUGAUUUUGCUUUCGCUGUGGUGUGAGUGACGAGGGCAACCCAAUUCAGCGACAUUAUUUGAAAAUGAGUGACCAUUUCCUCGGUCCGUGGACUUUAAUCAGCGUGGGUGCCAGCUUCGCCUUCUCCUCGGUGUUUUAUUACUUACACAAGGAGAAGAAAACAGAACUACAGAAAUUAAAGGAAAUCCCAAAUUUUCAGGCAGACCAGCAUCUUUCAAAAGUACUGAACGCCUCUCUGGACAAGAGACUUCACUAUGUAGCUGUGGAGGGUGUGGUCCAGGCGGUUGGAGAACCGUUGGCGAGUCAGAGCACGCCCCGGUGUUAUGGAGUCGUGCAGAAGGUCACCACAGUGGAGCGCUGGAAAACGUGGAACGACGCCUUAAAAUUAUGGGUCUCACGGACACGGAAUGCCAACGCAGACACGAGCAGCGUGCCCUUCCGCCUGGUCCAGCCCGGCACCUACCUGAAUGGGGUGCGCGUGUGGGUGGAGUCCCCUCUGGAGGCGCGCGGGGAUUACCUGGAGGAGGUGCACGGGAGCGUGCAGCAGGCUGACGACGGCCUGCUGGGCGCGUUCGUGCAGGGCCUGAGCGGCGAGAGGCUCGCGGCGCUGGAGCGGCGAGAGGAGAUGCUUCGCGUCGGGUCGAACCUCACGUGCUUCGGCGAGGUGAUCCUGGAGCACGGAGACGCAAUACGGCUCCGCCCGCCACGAGACGGCCGCGCCUACCUCUUCGUGCCCGGGGAUUACCGGAGCCUGAUCCGGAGACACGAGAACUCGGCCAGCAUGUGGAAGGGGCUGACGGUACUGUUCGGCGUUACAGGGAGCGCGCUGCUGGCCACGUUUAUCUACAGCGCGCUUAACAAGGACAGUAAGCGCAGCUAGCUGGCCGUGGGCAACCGGCUUGGUAUCUCAGGGCAAAUAUACGCAUUCCGAUUGAUUCAAGCAGAGCCAUCUUAACCGUCUCCCUCCCGUAAUCACGUUUUUUUUGGUUUGUUUUUUUAAGCACAGGUACUCCGGGUACAGGGGGGUCUGUUGACAGGCCCAAUUAUGUUCAGCUUCCCCUUUGCAGGUCUACACUUCUGCAUUUCCCAGGUUCCGCAGCGUUCGGCUGUCAAACUAUACACGUAAGUUUAUGUGAGAUGACUUGAGUUGUGAUCUUAAUUUAGGUAAGUAGGUGGGUCGUGAUGGCAAUGCUGCUUAUGGCUACAACUGUUAGUCCAAAAAUGAGAUUACGUUGAAACUAAUCCUUUUAGAAAUAAUCUCAUACGAGAGGAAGAGGUUAAAUUUAAUUAUGUGUUACCUGGAAAGCAAUACUGAGUUUCCCACAUCCAUCUUAAUGUGAUUGUUCUCUAAAGAUUAAAAGCCUGAUGAGAUUCUGUCUUCCCUUUUAAAAUC